AUGGUGUUCGGGGACGUGACCCAAAGCAUCACGGCGGACGAGAUUGUCUUGCAGUACGACGAGGAGCUCUUUAACUCAACAGGGGUCCAAUACGAAGAAGCACCAUUAAUAAAACAGAACCUUCCUCGUAAUUCCGAAGUUAUUCCGAAUUCCGGCAUCGGCAAGGAGUCAGCCGUUGCCUUGGCAGCGAGAGGCGCCUGCGUCAUCGUCGCCUGCAGAGACCCCGACAAGGCUGAGGAGGCCGUGAGGGAGAUCAAGGUCAGGAGCCGCAGCCUCAACGUCCUCCACAUGGAGCUGGAUCUCGCCAACCUGCGCUCUGUGAGGGGAUUCUGCAAGAACUUCCUCCAGAGGGAGAAGAGGCUUGACAUCCUAAUCAAUAACGCAGCCAUGCCCGGCGUCCUCGACUGGACGGACGACAGCUUCAGCAUGUGUUUUGGCGUCAACCACCUGGGUCACUUCCUCCUAACCAACCUGCUUCUGCCCCGCCUGAAGGAAUGCGCCCCCAGCCGGGUGGUCACCCUCACGUGCUCCACCUACAAAUACCAGAAGCUCAACUUCCAGGACCUCAACUACAACCUGCUGCCCUUCUUCACCUACUGCCGCAGCAAGCUGGCUAACGUCUACUUCAGUCAGGAAGUGGCCCGCGUCACUGAAGGGAAAGGAGUGACCUCCUACGCCGUGCACCCUGGUUUGGUCCAAAGCGGCUGGACGUGCCACUACUCCGUCCUGUUCCGCAUGCUGAUGCAGGUGAUCAUGUGGAUGUUUUUCGUGCCGUGUGAGGUCGGGGCUCAGACCGUCAUCUACUGCGCUGUGUCACAGGAAGCAGCCAAACACAACGGGGGUUACUUCGUCGACUGCCGACCGGCCGCUCUGCGUCCCUUCGCCAGAGACGCUGCUGUGGCUAAAAAGCUGUGGGAGGUCAGCGAGAGGCUGGUGAAAGAGGCCUGAUGGGGAAGAUGUGGGCAGGUUGGACCUCAUGUGCUUCUUUUGUGUUUGUGUUUUUCAUUCACAUCGGUGGUGUUGUUGGCAGAUGUAAAGAUUUAGUUUAUGUGUUUGUGUAAUUUAAGAGGAAAUGUUUUGCAGGAAUAAAAGACUUUACAAUGAUGUUGCCUGUCUUUCGAUAAACGUUUCUAGUAAAACAACCAUUUAAUUCAGAAACUGUUAAUUGUAAUUGUCUUAGUGUUGUCCGUUAGGUUUGAUUCAGUCAGAGUGUAAUAUUAAAUUAUCCAAUGUUCCUCCA